ACGAAAUUGCGAAAAUGAACGAAAAUGUGAUUGCUGCUCCGUUGAGCCGAAUCCCGGGCACCAGCCAGUUGAAGGAGCAGCACAGCAAGGACCUGAAGACCCUGACCUACGUGGAGCUGCUGGAAAUCAAGGACAGACAGUCGCAUUUCCUCUCUUUCAAAAAGCGACUGCUGCAGCUGCCGGACAAGGGAAAGCGCCUCCAGGAGUCCUACGACAAGCUGCUGGACGAGAUCAGGCGACGCGACGAAGUGGAGGAGGCGACUCGAAUGCUCAGCGGUCUCAAUAUUGCAGCGCAAGGAAAGAUCGCUCUGAACAACCUGGAGUGGAAUGGCAGGACCACCGACGAAGGUGCCCAUGUGGACGACAUUCUGGACAGCGAUGACGAGGUGGAGAUGGAUCCCCUCAAGGUCAUAGCCCAGGGAACAAUGCACGAGAAGCGGGUCAAGGUGAUUCCACCGCCCACGAGCCUCAUUACGGCCGAGGAUCUGGUGGAAAUCGAGGAGUUCAAGAAGCCAGCCGACUCUCCCGAUUCCGCUUUGGCUGGGCAGAGUGACACCAGUUCCCUGCCCGCUGAGAUCAUACAUAUAGACGCCAGCCAAGUGGCCGCCAAGCUGACCAAGGAUCAGCCGCCCGAUCAGCAUGCCCUCUACCUCAUCGACAAGACGGAAACCAGCGUGAAUGCUGCUACCAAGGAGAAGUUUAUGCCCUUCCGCACCACCAAGUCGAAUGUCCACGAUCCCGACAAGGAGCGGGUGCGCAAGAAGGGCAAGCACUGGGAGAUAACAGCCGCCACACCGCCACUCAUCCAGCACAAGGAGGUGCAGCUGGUGCCGCUGGCGGAGUCCGCUGCCCUGCAAAUAGAUUACAUGCAAAGAAUUAAGGAGGUGCGCCUUCAGCAGGCUGAACAGCGGCUGGCCAUGCAGAAGGAGUCCCGGCUGGCAGCAGGACUGAGCCUGCCCGAGGAGUCCGUGCUGAAAACCAAGGCCUCCUUCCGCAACUAUCGAGAUCCCCAGGCCAACUUCCUUAUCGAGGGCAGGCAAAAGGCCAGCGAGGCGAAUGAAGUGCAUGAUCCCACAAUUCAAGACAGAGGAACAGCCUCCAGCGGCAUUCACUACACAGUUUUCGAGUAACCUUUAGAAUCCCAUUCCCAGCUAAUCGUUUUCCCAGAAACAUUGUGAACUAUUUAUUCGCGUAGGCAACAAUUACUAAAUAAGACUGCAUAUAUAACUCA